AUGCUGCGGGUUCUUAAGUCGCUGUGGGUGUUGACGUUGCUUGGUGCUGUUGGGGUACAGUCACAGGAUCGGUCACAGACUCAAGUACAAAGUCAAGGACAGGAGCCCUCAACAAAUCCAUGGAGACAGAUGAUUCAAUGGGAGAACAAUGGACGGGUGUUUAGUUUGCUCAACAGUGGGGCUGAGUAUGUCCCUGCUCAGGGGCAGGAACAGGACAGAAGCCACCGGGUGCUUUUAGCUGAUGGCCCUAAUCGUAGAUCCAGACAAAAUAUGCGAAGACAGGCUCCUUCCAGAGGUGGUUCAGAAACGGUCCGGGGGCAGGCCAGACAUCCUUUUGGAUUUGGGCAGGUGCCUGACAAUUGGCGUCAAGGUUCUGCUGGUACAGGUGAAUCAAGUCGGAUUCAGUCAUCUUCAGGCACACGGUACAGAACUUCAUCUAGUUCAUCUACCGCCUCAUCAUCCUCUUCAUCUUCCUCUUCUUCCUUCAAUGCACCAUCCUACCCACAGCAUCCUGUCCAACAACAGCCUUCGUACUACAUCCCCUACGACGCCUAUGAACCACCAUUCCUUGGAACAGGGUAUUCAUCAGACCCCAGUAGAGGCUUCACAGGGGGUGGAUAUGCUGCUGGUGGUGGUGGAGGUGUUGGUACAGGUUAUUCUGUCGGCACCUAUGGUGGUGGAGGAUUUACAGGAGCAGGAUUUGCUCCUGUGGUUCCUAGAUCAGACACUAGUGAUGACACUUACAGGUUCUAUCCACCUUAUGGUCCACCGUUUACAGCUCAAUCUGCUCAACCAGCCCAACCCGCCCAACCUGCCCAAACUCCAUUCUCAGAUGGUUUGGACCGCCGGUACACACACAGCCUGUACAAUGGUGAAUCAUCGGUCUCGCAAGGUGCUACAGCUGGUGUGGGAACAGGAGGCCAACCUGCCAUGCAAAGCCCACAAUAUGAGCAGUUUCCACCCUUCGGAAUCUCGCAGCCUAUGCCUCCAUUCAUUCAGCAACCUGCACGAAACCCUUUGACCUCCAACGUCGCAGAGAAUCCCAGCACCAACGUGGGAAGUGUCUACCGACCUCAACAAAGAGGUCUGCCAGAUCUGCUUCCUGAUCCUCACUAUGUCCAGGCCUCUACAUAUAUCCAGCGAGCUCACAUGUACUCCCUACGCUGUGCUGCUGAGGAAAAGUGUCUUUCUAGUACAGCCUAUGGAACUGACAUUACUGAUUAUGAUGUCAGAGUGCUGCUACGCUUCCCCCAACGGGUUAAGAACCAGGGAAAGGCCGAUUUCAUGCCCAACCGACCGCGCCAUACCUGGGAGUGGCACAGCUGUCACCAACAUUACCACAGCAUGGAUGAGUUUAGCCAUUACAACCUGCUGGAGGUCAGCACAGGUAACAAAGUGGCAGAGGGACACAAAGCCAGUUUCUGUCUGGAGGACACCAUGUGCGAUUUUGGACAUCUUAAACGCUACGCCUGCACCUCGCACACACAGGGUCUCAGUCCAGGUUGCUAUGACACCUACAAUGCUGAUAUUGACUGCCAGUGGAUUGAUAUCACAGAUGUCAAGCCAGGAAACUACAUACUUAAGAUCCAAGUAAACCCUAAAUAUACAGUACGUGAGUCGGACUACAGCAACAACAUCGUCAGGUGUAACAUCCACUACACAGGACGCUCAGCCCGAGCAACCAACUGCAAGAUUUCCCAGUGA